AAGUGAAUUUAUUUUUAUUUAAAAGCUUUAAAAGUGGCUAUACUAUUCUAAAGUGUGUUAAAUUAAAUUAAAAAAAAAUUAAAUACGGUCAAAUACGUGAAAAACAAAAUUUAACAGACGUGUACGUUAUGUUGGUUCAUUUUUAACUGGGUAAUAGUUAAUUGGGUGCAAAGACGACUCGAAGAGUGUACGCAGGCGAACGAGAUAAGGGCAGUUUAUAUAUGAAGGAGUAAAGCGCGCGCGCCAGUCUGCCGUUGCCACUCGCCAUGCCGGCCUGUGCGUCUGAGUACCGCCUCAUGCGGUCAGCUACCGAGCUCACCCUCUCUCCGCGCGUCAAGAGAUGUUCGCACCAACCACCACCCUUUACGGCGUUGCGGCGUUCCUUCUCAUCAACGUUUUCUCUUAUCCCCGAAGAGCGAGCCGUUCCGCCUGAGCAUCCGCCAUCACUACCGCGAUUGAUUCAAAUUCUGACAUGGAUACCCAGCCAAUUUCUUCGACCUUUCUUCGCCCUGUUCAGUUUUAUAGCUCAUCCAGCCUGGAGACAGAUAUUAGUUGUGUUACCCACCUUAUGGAUCGCAGCAUCGCUUUUUAUUUUUUGGAAGUGCGUUCAAUGCCCUAUUGGAUUUUUGAAGAUGAUCGGAAGUGCGAUCUCGAGGAAUGUUGACCAGCAACGGACUGUACUCAUUAGCGGAGGGAGUUCUGUUCAAGCCUUACAUUUAGCCAGAAACUUUCACUCUGCUGGAGCCAAAGUGAUUGCUUUCGAAGUAGAAGGACAAUUUACCUUAUUAAAGUAUUCAGCUGCUGUUCACAAAUUUUAUACUGUUCCUCGGCCAAAUCCAGCGGAUCCCUUGGCAUAUGCAAGAUCCUUGAAAGAAAUAGUGGAAAGAGAAUCUGUUGUGUUCUAUAUUCCUGUCAGCUCAACGACGCCAGCAUACUACGACGCCUUAGCUAAGCCUCAUUUAGAAGUGAUAGGUUGUCAAUGUUUCGUACCGAGUGCGCGGGACGUAAUUACCUUGGAUGACCCGUUGGAAUUGAUGCGAAUGUGCCGUGUGGCUAGUUUGCCUACACCUCAGUUCUGGGUUGUAACUAGUGAAGAGGAUGUACGAGCGUGGUACGACAACGGUACGUCAAAGGAAGGCCGUCAUUUUAUUGCUAGCGCUGGUGCACGAGGCGCUAGGGAUCGACUACGAUUUGUUAUGCCAGAAGAUAAGGCACAUUUUAGAUUUCCACGAGAAAUAAGUGUUGAAAAACCUUGGGUUAUCGUGAGAGAACCAAAAGGAGAAAGGUUUGUAACUUGCACCACUUUAAAAGAGUCUCGCGCUGUUAAUAAUGUAACCUGUCGCGUAGAUCCUUCGAAAAAAGGUCUUGUGCCGCAAAAGGAUGGAGAAGCCGACGCUUGGGUUCAAAGAUUUGUUACUUGCAUUUCGCCAUCUAAGCCUAUGACGGGACACAUAUCAUUCAGAUUAGUACGUGAAGAAAAUACGGCUAAUGGACAGGGAAGCGGAAUGGUCGCGAUCGGAGCACGCGUCGGAGUGUCUCUGCCCUACUUGUGUCAAGGAGCAAAAAGAUGUGGUCAUACAGCGACUGUGGGCAAGUUGUUGAAUACUGUGCUCGACACACGUGAAGCAUUAUUCGCAUUUUGGGAUCCGUUACCCUAUUGCGCAUACUACCAAUCUCGAUCGCCUGAGGAUCGGAGGCCGCCGACGCCAGAGCCAUGCAAGACUCCACCAAAUUUACCUCUUUGAAAGCCUCACGCGAGGCUGAUAUGCCUCACAUAGUCGCUAAGGUGAUUAUUUAUUAAGACGCUCGAGUACCUGAAGAGUGCGUGAGUGCAAGGUUCUGAUGCUGUCCUCGGAGUCACGCUCUCUGUUUCAGUUGUCCUCUCGCUCGGACGACAGAUAAAAGUUCGUGGAGUCAGAGGACGAUAUUAUUUUGUAACUACUAAGUAGAUAUUAUUACAUGAGAAUUACAUUUUAUGAUUGUAGACUUUUUAUUAAUUUCACGAAUUAAUAUUACAUGUCUAUAAUUUUUUAUACAGAAAUAAAAUAUGAAAAAGGUAUGAUAAAUAAUUUAUUAGACUGUUUUGUUUCAUAUUUUUUAAAAUAUUUUCUGUGUAUAUAUAUGAUGAUUUAAAUGUUACUCAAAAGUUUAUGUUAUAAGUUGCGUUUGUUAUGCCGUGUAUGUUGUUUGUAUAAUUAUAUCAAAAAGUCUGUAAGGAUGUCAAGAGAUCACAAAGAUUGUGCAUCUAGGUUUAAGUCCAAAUGGUGCCACGUAAUGUUUUUUUUUAUCCCAUAUAAUAAUAAUUAUGUUGUACUUGUAACGGGAGAUAAAAAUGUAUCCCCUUAUUUAUUCUUGUUUUAUUCAAUAAAAAUUCAGGAAUAUUA